AUGUUGACGGGUCAUUUCUACGAUUCAAAUUCCACGCGAAAAUUUGAAUCAUUCUUAAAAUCGGUGAAAAAUCUCAUUAUUGUUUGUGAUCCACCAUUCGGCAUUAUGGUUGAAGCGCUCUUCAGAACAAUUCGUCAACUCAAAGACAAAUUCGUUGAUGUCCAUCAAAAAGAAUCGUAUCGCAUCAAUUUGAUUCUCGUAAUGCCGUUGUUCGUUGGAAAACAUGUGAAAGAAUGUGAUGAUAGUAUGGAGAUGGUCGAUUAUAAAAUUUGUUAUGUGAAUCAUUCCAAAUAUGCAAAACCACAAAAAUCCAUUGUACGAUUCUUCACUGGUUUACCGCUCAAACAAUUCGUGUUACCAGCGGAAUCUGGCUAUCGAUUCUGUGAAAUGUGUGAGCGAUAUGUGGCGAAUGAAAAUCGCCACUGUGGUCUAUGCGGUAUAUGCCCAUCGAAGGAUCAGUUUCUAUUGUCGAAUAAAUAUUCAGGAGGAUUUUUCAGGAUGGAACGUCAUAUCGGCAUUGUGCACGAUGUAAUCGCUGUGUGA